AUGGUCGAGAUAAACCAUGUUCAAGAGAGAUCAAAUUUUCUAAACUCUUCUACGAUCGAAGAAAAGACAGUUUGUCCAUAUAAACCAAUAAGCGGAAAUAUAUCAAUAGAUGUUCACGAGAACGAAGAAGAGCAAGUCCGAUACGCCUGGGAUGAAAAAUCAAAAGGCCAGAUUCUUGGCGCGUACUACAUCGGUUACACGAUUAUGCAGAUUCCAGGCGCCUGGGCGGGCCAAAAAUACGGACAUGUUAAAACACUGACGAUAUCAUUUUUCGCCACUGGAUUCUUGACCUCUCUUAUUCCCUGUGUCAUUCUCCAGCUGGAAGACGCGCUUGCAGUCAAAUUUUUCAUCUUCGUUCGAGUGCUCAUCGGUUUCUUACAGGGCUGCAUCUACCCUGUUUUCAUGGGUCUGUGGGGGAGCUGGGCGCCUUCAAAGGAGCUUAGCCGACUUGUGUCGAUUCAAUUUGCGGGAGCGGGAAUCGGAAUGGCCGUGACCUACCCAAUUGAUGGCUGGCUGGCGAAAGAACUCGGAUGGCAAUCCAUUUUCUACUUUACAGGUGCUGUUUCGAUGUUAUUUGCAGCAGCUCUCGGGUACUUUUGCUUCGACACGCCAGCAGAGCAUAAAAAAAUCUCACAAGAAGAGCUCACUCUGAUAACUUCCGAAAGAAAUGGAACGAAAAAUGAACGAUUAACAAUUCCGUGGGCAAGUAUUAUGACGAGCGUUCCAGUUUGGGCAAUUAUUCUCGCUCAUGGCGCCGGAAAUUAUGGAAUUUUUGUCAUGUCAAGCUACAUGCCGAGUUACUUGCACGAGCAAAUUCAUUUUAACAUCGAAUCUGCUGCGAUUCUAACUGCCAUUCCAGCGCUUUUGAAUCCCGUCAUGACGCUUCUUUCCGGAAUAGUGUCCGAUUUCCUUGUCGGCCAGCGGCAAAUGAAGACUACAACGGUUAGAAAAAUAAUGUCUACGAGUGGGCUUUGCGUGGCUGGCAGUUCGAUCGCUCUUGCUGGUCAUGUUGGCUGCAAUGCACCGAUGAUAGUUUUCUUCCUUUCUUUUUCGUUGUCGUUCAAUGGAGUCACUUGCAGCGGUUUUAAGGCGAAUCACGUGGAAAUUGCGCCGGGUCUUUCCGGAUUAACCUUCGCUAUGGCUAGGGAAACUCGAUGA